GGUAGCCUAUAAAAGAAAGAAUUGGCUACGGGGCAAGAGAAAGGAAGGGUUAUUACACAACCUGAACAGAAAAGAAAGAAACCCUAAUCAAUCGAUCUCUGCUUUGCUCUGUGGAAGGCAUCAUCAUCAUCCAUGGAAGAAAGUUUUAGGGUUCGUGUGGACAAGGUGUUCGGCUCUCUCGCUUUUUCAAAGUCAUCGUCAUCUCCAGCUCCAUCUUCGUCUCUUACUUCCCAGUGGUGUCUGACCGACGAAGAGAAGGAAAGAAGAGAAUGGAACCGAGAAAGAGAUAGCCCCGACCUGGACCAUCUCCAGCCUCAACCCUACCCGUCCAACAACCGACAAAAUAGACCCACCCGUAUUGAAGACCUUUCGGAGGCCGACGAACUUGAAGACCUCAGCGACUUUGAAGAAUCAGAAGAUGAUGGAAACCAGCGAUCCUCACGUCAACUACUCAGACAACCAGAUGACCUUGAAUUCGACAUUCGAUCCUCCAUUGGUCUCGAUCCUACUCUAGACUACGAGGACGAGGAAGAUGAAUUUGACAAAGUGGCUGUUGGCAGGGAAGAGGCCGGUGAUCGCUUGUAUAUGAGUGAUAUUACUGAUUAUGGGACAGAUAUAAAUUCUCACAACGAACUUCCCGAUACAUUUAAGGAUGUCACAAGAGACCCUCGUGCAAAUCACUCGGCUGCAAAAAUUAGGCUUAAAGAAGAUGCAGAAGCAGCUAGUAAUUUUGGGUUUCCACGAUCUUCUGAAUGUAUUGGUCGACCUGCUGUGGAUACCAACAAUAGUGAAACGUCAGAAGAUGUUGUACACUUGAAGUCGAUUCUGAAGAGGAGGGAAAAUCAGAUGGACCCGAAAUCACAGAAACGUGUUCGGUUUGACCCUGGAUGUACAAAUGAUUGUGAGGAAAAGUCUGAAGGAGCCAAAGAUUUAGCACUGGAAACCUGUUCAAUGGAAAAACCUAGAGUGCCAGUAGGAGCAUCUUCCCUGCCCCAAUAUUCUUCGGGUGUUCCUGAUUAUAUACAGAAUCCUUCGAAGUACACACAUUAUACUUUUGAUUCAUCAUGUGAUGUUGAUGAAGAAUCUAAUAGGAAAGCCUACAUAGACUUUCUGAAUCUGAUGAAGAGGUCAAACACCAGUGAGUCACAGCCAGAUGACACUUCCAUUGAUCUACCUACAUCAGUAACCUUCACUCCAAAAAAGAAGCUAGGUGACAGUUCCAUGGUAAAAAGUAGGACUGAGUCCAAGCAAAACUCGGAAAGUGCUUGCAAGGAGUCUAUGCACAAAAAAGGUUGGCCCAUUAGCAUUGCCUCUGGGUGUGCCGAAGAAAGUGAAGUUUGUGCAAUGGAGGAAGAUGAGGCAGAAACUGCUGCCAAUAAAAGCAGGAAAUCAGGUCGUCAGUAUCGGGCAAAGGCCAAUAUGGAGUUAGAUGAGACUGCUUCUUGAUGGGCACUUGACCAUUCAGUAAGGCACUAGGCCAGUAUUUUAUUUCGCAUGUAACCCUGAUUUUACUUUUUUGGAAUGUUACUAUGGUUUUUUUAAGUUUGCAACACCUAUAAUUUACCCUCCUCAUUUUGCUCUAUAA